AUGAAAAAUAAAAAAGAAGAGAUAAGAAAGCACUAUAACAGCAUUAAGGAGAGAGGGAGGGAGGUUAGGCAAAGAAGCAGGGCCAUAAACAUCAGGAAUACAAACAAUUUCAUCAAGGCCUGUCUCAUAAGACUGUACACAAAGAAAGGAGACACGGUUUUAGAUCUUGGGUGCGGCAAAGGAGGAGAUCUGUUGAAAUAUGAAAAGGCGGGAAUUGACGAGUACUAUGGGAUUGACAUUGCGGAAAUAUCCAUAAGAGAUGCCUAUGUUAGAGCGGAAAACAUGAAGAGAAGAUUCAAGGUUUCAUUCAAGGCUCAAGAUGUAUACAACCAGCACAUUUCACUUGGAAGACAGUUUGACAUAGUAUCUUCCCAGUUUAGCUUCCAUUAUGCCUUUUCUAGUGAUGAGUCUUUGGACAUUUCUUUAGGAAACGUAGUGCGGCAUUUAAAGCCUGGAGGGUAUUUUAUCAUAACAGUUCCUUCCAAGGAGGUUAUCCUUGAGAGAUAUAGACGAGGCAAGAUAUCAAACGAAUUCUACAAAAUAGAGAUCGACAAGAAAGAGGAUGCCCCUAUUGAAAGCGUUAAAGAGUACCGAUUUACAUUAGUGGAUUCUGUAAAUAACUGUGUUGAGUACUUCGUCGAGUUUACAAAGAUGCUGGAUGGAUUUAAGAAGCUUGGAGUUGUGUUGAUUGAAAGAAAAGGAUUUAUUGACUUCCUUGAAGAAGAAAGCAGGAGAAAUCAGGAGCUGUUUAAGCAUAUGAGAGUUAGAAGACUAGGAAAGGAGGAGGCUGAAGUUGUUGGAACUUAUGAGGUUAUGGUCUUCCAGAAACUAAACAAAAGUGAGGAUUAA